AUGCCCAAAGAGCGCAUCAAGUCUCUUCAGUUCCCCAAAUUCCUGCUUACUUCAUCUGUGGUCCCUGCAAAACAUGCUGUGGGGCUUUCUUCUCCCGACCCCGGAACCGAAAACACGAACCAGAAGUCUCUCGAAGGCCAUGUUUCCUAUAUACGUUGCGCAGGCUGCGCAUCCCAUCUUUGCCUGACCUCUCAAAUAAUUAGCAAAGGUUUUACGGGUCGCCAUGGCCGUGCCUAUCUUGUGUCGGCAGAACCCGUGGCCACGGCCAUGUCCGUCACCGCGUCGUCUUCACCUACGGCCUCACUUCCCAAUACAAUAUUGCAACGCCCGGUUCCUCGCCAGCUUGUCACAGGUGCACACACCGUAAGCGAUGUGACUUGCACCUUCUGCGACAGUGUUCUGGGCUGGAAGUAUGUCGCGGCCGAGGAAGAAUCACAACGGUACAAGGUUGGCAAAUUCAUUCUGGAAACCAAAAAGAUUGUGGUCUCUUCAUGCUGGGAGUCUCCAUCCACUGUCGAUCUCUCCCAGCAAGUCAAUCAUCUAUCUGCGGUUGAGUCCGGUCCAGCAGGUACAGAGUUUGACAGCCAAGAUGAAGAUGAGUGCGAGGAUCUCUUCGCAGGGAUCUGGAGUCCGGGCCUCGCUGCACGUCGAAAAACUCGCGAAAUCAAACGUCGACCCGCCAUGUUUGGAAUCUGA